UUCGUUCGUUGGAUUCGGAUAUGGAUUUCAGUUAAAGCUUGUGUUUUUAUGGUGCUAUUCAUCAUAAAAACGCCUGCUUUCUCCUCCUCCCACUUGAAUUCCUCGUGUGGUUGCGAUUGAUUUAGCACAGAGCUAGUCGCAAUUUGCUUGGAUUAUUCGAUUGGAGUUGGAGGGGGGUGAACACCGGCCUCGAAUCCAGCUUGCUUCCCUUGGGGGUUCUUUUGCCAUCUCCGGCUCAUGCAAUCAGGUACAUGUGGAUUGAAUGCUGUACAUAGGAUUUUCAUUUACCUAGUGAAGAAAUAGUUUCAGAAGAUAUGCUCUCCUCAAAAGAAGGGCCGGAAGAUAUGCCUGUCGACGCCAGGGAGGAUGCAGGCAUUCCCGUUGUAAAUGCAGGUUUUGCCAAUGAACCUACAGUCUCUCCAAGGAAGCAGUUGGAUAGUGACACUUGUGAUCACACAGAAAUGAAGUUUAAGCGAUCACUCAGGCGGCGAAAUGGUAUCUACUAUGGCGUGUUUGAUAUUAGCUCUGAAGAAGAAUCAGAAUACCAACUACCUGUCCAAGAUCAUCCUAUGAAGCGUCCACGACAAAGAAAUGAUGCAUCCAGAAUCAUAAAAAAGGCCAAAUGUGAAAUGGAGCCUUCAAGAUGGCAUCCAGAUGAAGGGCAAAAAAGACCUGUCAUUGAUGAAGCUCCUGUGUUCUAUCCAACUGAGGAGGAAUUUGCAGAUACACUUGGCUACAUUGCUAGCAUAAGAAAGAAAGCAGAAAAGUAUGGUAUCUGUCGUAUUAUUCCUCCUCAUUCUUGGUCACCGCCAUGUCCUUUGAGAAACAAUAACUUUUGGAGUCACACUAUGUUUAACACCCGAAUUCAAGAAGUUAACAAGCUUCAAAACAGAGAACCAAUGAGAAGAAAAGGCAGGAAUCGUUGUGAGAAAAGAAGAAAAAGAAAAAGACGCCUAAGAUUUGGGAUGGCACGCAGGAGAAAUUCCUCUGCUGUUUCUGAAUCCAAUGACUGUGCUGGCUCAGACAAUGAUGAGAAGUUUGGUUUUCAAUCGGGCUCGGAUUACACUCUUGAGACAUUCAAGCAAUAUGCUGAUGAAUUCAAAAGAGAGUACUUUGGAAUGAAAGAUAGUAGUGAAAAAGAUGAGUGCCAACCUUCAGCAGAGGAUAUUGAAGGAGAAUAUUGGCGGAUUGUUGAGGAUUCAACUGAUGACAUUGAGGUACUUUACGGUGCUGAUCUUGAUACUGCCAAUUUUGGUAGUGGAUUUCCUAAAACAUUCUCUGAGAACAAGGCUGAAUUGGACCCUUAUGCACUUUCUGGUUGGAACUUAAAUAAUUUACCAAGACUUGCUGGAUCAGUUCUUUCAUUUGAGAAGGAGGAUAUAUCUGGUGUCUUGGUGCCUUGGCUAUAUGUCGGAAUGUGUUUUUCAUCAUUUUGCUGGCAUGUGGAAGACCACCAUCUUUAUUCUCUAAACUACAUGCACUUUGGUGAUCCAAAAGUUUGGUAUGGGAUUCCAGGCAUUGAUGCAGUGAAGCUGGAGGAUGCCAUGAAAAAACAUCUUCCUGAGUUGUUUGAGGAACAACCAGAUCUGCUGCAUGAACUGGUUACACAGUUGUCUCCUUCCAUCCUAAAAGCUGAAGGAGUUCCUGUUUACCGUGCCAUUCAAAAGUCUGGAGAAUUUGUUCUUACUUUUCCAAGAGCGUAUCAUUCCGGUUUUAACUGUGGCUUCAAUUGUGCUGAAGCAGUAAAUGUUGCACCAGCAGACUGGCUUCCACACGGUCAAUGUGCUGUUGAGUUGUAUAGUGAACAACACCGGAAGACUUCGUUGUCCCAUGAUAAGCUAUUGCUAGGUGUUGCAUGGGAAGCUGUCAAAGAGAAGCUGGGGGAGUCUCCCAUGUACACCAAUGCAAAAUUCAAGACAUGGCAAAACUUUUGUGGGAAGGAUGGAGUACUAGCUCAGGCCGUUAAGGCAAGAAUCACUCUGGAACAUAAGAGAAGGGAGAGUAUCUCUAGUAUUUCAUCCGUGAGAAAGAUGGAUAGGGAUUUUGACUACUCAACCGAAAAAGAAUGCUUUUUGUGCUUUUAUGAUUUACACCUUUCUGCUGUUGUUUGCGAAUGCAAUUCUGAUCGAUUUGCAUGUCUAUCUCAUGCAAAACUAAUGUGUUCCUGUGAUCCUAGUAAGAGAUGUCUACUUGUUCGAUAUAACUUGGAAGAAUUAGAUGCUCUUGUGGCAGUUCUUGAAGGCAACCUCAGUGCAAGGAAGCUCCCCAGAUUAGACGGCAUUGAAAUGCUAUUGCCCACACAGUCAAAACUCUUAGAUCGUUCUAAAGAUUCCAUGGAACAAAGCCUAUCUGAGUACAAAAGUUCAUUGACUGAUGUAAUUGCUAUGGAUGCUGAUGCUGGAGAACAUUGCAAGGAUAAUGCUAAACAAGUAUCUGGCGCACUCUGUUCUGGACAUCGAGAGUGUAAGAACUCCAAUCUUUUACAAGAACCAGAACAAAUCUUCAACAUGAAUAACCCAUUUGAAUCCAGAAAUACUGAUUCUACAGAAAGUAGUAUAGGAAACAGACGGACAAAAGCCUUUUCUGGGUCUGUAAAAGAAAGGAAUAGCACAAUAGAAAAUUCUGCUGCAGCUGAGCUAGAAGUGAGAUCAGAUCUAGUGCUGCGUAAUGAUGUAGGAUCUGCAAACUCAUUAAAAGGAAAAGAUAAUUUCCUGUCCGGCCAGAAUUUGAACAAAGGUAUGAAUCUGGAUUUGAACAUGGCACAACCAUCUAUGGAGCCCAAAAUUGAAACUCAAGAUGGUGGUUAUGUUGAACACAAGGAAGCAAUGAUAAGUUCUGUCAUGGUACAUAAGAAUUGGAACUCUGACAUGUCUAGACAGGACCGCUCAAGUUUCAGUGUUAAGUGUGUAAGCGGUAAAGGUAGAAUUAGAACUCGAAUCGAGAAUGAUAAUAUGCUGACAAAUAAGGGCAUAACAAUAAUAGAUUCUGAUUGUGUCUCUUCAAGGGCCCUCAGUCCCUUGCCUGAUUUGAUUUCUUCGCAUGCUUGUUCUGAAGGACUUUGGAAUAAAGCAUCAUAUUCAAGAGAGACUGACUUCUCUUGUAAAUCUAGUCCUAAACUUUUCGGAGUGAACCUGCAGCAUCAACUCUGUAGUGCAUCUACCCUUUCAGAUAGUCAAGGGAGUCAUUCUAUGAGGGAUAGUUCUAACUAUUCUACUACAUUUAGUCAAAAUUUUCAUGGCUUCGAAAAGAAGCAUGAUAUGCUGAAAUAUAGGAUAGAGCCUCUUAACUUUGGAAAGUUGAUGCUUGGGAAGCAGUGGAGUUGUAGGCAAGCCAUCUUUCCAAAUGGAUUCAGAUCCCGCAUCAACUUUUUUAGUGUGCUUGAUCCAACUAAGCUCUGUAAUUAUAUUUCAGAAGUACUUGAUGGUGGUCUACAGAAACCUUUGUUCAAGGUGUCAGUGGAAGACAAUCCAGAGAUUUAUUUUUCAAGCACAUCUGCUUUACUAUGUUGGGAAAUGGUUCGAGAAAGACUCAAUCAAGAGAUUGUUCGACAACGUAAUCAAGGAAAGCAUGGCCUUCCUGAGUUGCAAUCCCCUGAGUCCAUAGAUGGGCUUGAAAUGUUUGGGUUUUUGUCUCCAGCAAUCAUUCGCGAUAUCGAAGCCCUGGAUCCCCACCAUCAGACUUCAGAAUACUGGGAGUCUAAGUUUAGUUUGUCUUCAGUAUCUGAGCUGAAUGAUGCGAAAAAUGUGGCUGCCGAAGCUCCACUGACUUUAGACACUGAUGUCAACAGAAGUGGUUGCAGUCUCAACAAAGGAAAGUUGUUCGGAGUCGAUUUAACUAAGACAGGAGAGGAUGCGCCAUCCCAUGGAAACACCAAGGAGUCGGUCGAAGAGGUUCAUAGCGUAUUAGGACGCCUCUUCGAAAAGGCCAGCCACGACGAAUUAAGCAUGCUGCUGAAAGUUUUCUGCAGCAAGUCCGGGAGCAGCUCAUGGAGUGCAGCCUAUGUAACUCUGUUAGACAAGAUCCAGAAGAAAGUACAUAAAUAAGAACAGAAGCGGCAUAUGACCAGUUUCCCCCCCCUCAGUUUUCUCGUAAGCUGGCUGCGCUCAAGAAUCUGGAAUCAAGAUCGAACACUGCUUGUCCCAUCCGCUAUUCUUUUCGUCGAGUCUGACUCAUUGAAUUCGAUUAGUGCAUCAUCAUCAAAGCCCCCCAUUUGUUUUUUUAGAUAACAAAAAAAUCACUGGCUCUCGCACGGUUGAACUGACUGUGCACCGAGAUUAUGUUUCUAGUGUUCUUGGCCAUUGCCUGAGAGGUUGCCUGAUGUGAAUAAUUGGUCGCGACACAGACCAUUGUAAAAAAAGAUAGCUUAAGGCUAACUUAUACAUCCAAGACCUCUUGUUUUUCUAACAUAUGAUAGAUGUUGUUUUA